UUCGAUUGAUAGUGACAAGUAAAAGUUGAAAUACUGAAGGGAAUAAAAGUGCAAUAAAACAUUUUAUUUUGUCAUCAAAUUAAGGAUUAACAUACCAACAAUGGCUGUGGAGCAAAUCAUUCAAAGUAGUGUUUUCUCAUCCCCACUACUGAUGCCUCUCCUCGCAAUUGUUUUCGUUCUAACUGCCGUUCACUUUUGGCAAAUGACAAGAAGAGAAAGAAAGAUUGGAGAUUUACUUCCAGGACCACCGACAGUUCCAAUUAUUGGAAACGCUUAUUAUUUCUUAAAUAGCACAAAUCAUGAAAUUUUCAAUAAAGCUAUCGACCUCGUCAACUGCUACGGAAGUGUAGUUCGUGGUUGGGUAGGACACAAACUAUUCGUCGGUCUCUCAGAUCCACGUGAUGUUGAGAUUAUUUUGGGAAGUCAUGAUCACAUUGACAAGUCUGAUGAAUAUAAAUUAUUCCAGCCAUGGUUUGGUAAUGGCUUGUUAAUUUCAACUGGCGAGAAAUGGCGAACACACAGAAAACUUAUCGCUCCAGCCUUCCACAUGAAUGUCUUGAAAAGUUUUAUGUCAACUUUCAAUGACAACAGUCGAUUUGUUAUCAAAAAGUUGAUGAAGGAAGCUGGAAAGGAAUUUGAUUGUCAUGACUACAUGAGUGAAGCAACUGUUGACAUUUUAUUGGAAACAGCUAUGGGAUCGAAAAGAACAAGUGAAAGCGAGGAAGGUUUUAAGUAUGCAAUGGCUGUAAUGAAAAUGUGCGACAUCCUUCACAGACGUCAAUUCAAAAUCUUUUCAAGAUUCGAACCAUUCUUCACCCUUACCGGCAUGAAGGAACAACAAAAGAAGUUAUUAGGCAUCAUCCACGGUAUGACACAGAGAGUCCUCAAUGAAAAGAAGGCAGUCUUUGACAAGAAUUUGUCAGAAGGAAACCUUCCAUCACCAUCACUCCAAGAAAUUAUUAAAUCGGACGCAUCCGUUGAUCAAGCAAUUAAAAAAGCAAAGGCAAAAGCACAAAACCUUGAUGCUGGUCUUCGUGAUGAUCUUGAUGACAUUGAUGAGAAUGAUGUUGGUGAAAAGAGACGUUUGGCUUUCCUUGAUUUGAUGAUUGAAACUUCUCAUUACAAUCCACAUCAAUUGUCUAAGGAUGAAAUUAAGCAACAAGUUGAUACAAUUAUGUUCGAAGGACAUGAUACAACUGCUGCUGGUUCUAGUUUUGCAUUGUGCAUUUUAGGAUGUCAUCCAGACAUUCAAGAGAAAGUUUAUCAGGAACAGAAAGCAAUUUUCGGUGAUUCAGAUCGUGACUGUACAUUUGCAGAUACAUUGGAGAUGAAAUAUUUGGAACGAGUAAUUUUUGAGACAUUGAGGAUGUAUCCACCAGUUCCAAUUAUUGCCAGAAAGAUUAACAAAGAUAUCCGCUUGGCAUCAUGUGAUCAAAUUGUUCCAGCAGGUUCAACGAUGAUUAUUGCUACAGUUAAAAUCCACCGAAGACCUGACAUCUAUCCAAACCCAGACAAAUUCGACCCUGACAACUUCUUACCCGAAAGAACAUCAAACAGACAUUAUUAUGGAUUUAUUCCAUUCAGUGCUGGUCCAAGAUCAUGUGUUGGACGUAAAUACGCAAUGUUGAAGUUGAAAGUUCUUCUCAGUACAAUUAUUAGGAACUUCCACAUUAAAAGUACAGUUGCAGAGAAAGAUUUUAAAUUACAAGCUGAUAUCAUCUUGAAGAGAACUGACGGAUUUAGAAUUAAGUUGGAACCAAGAAAGACCAAAGCUUAUUAAAUGGUAUAUUAAGCAAUAAUUCUGAUAUUAAUGGACAAUGACUAAUGCAAACCGCGAAAUAUGGACAAUUAAUGAUGGAAUAUGAACUAGUUUUAAGCUUCCUUACUUUCCUGUUUUCUUUCUUGUUCUGUGGAUCAUAAUGGUUAUGUGGGAGGCUCAAAAAUGCAUGAUGACUGAAAAAUCAUAAAAAAUUCUGUUUGAAAAGUUUGAGAACAACUGGUUUAUAAUAUAUUUUAAUAAUUCCAAUUGUUCCUGAACUUAUGCAAUUUCAAGUCAUAAUUGAAAAAAUUAAUAUUAUGACUCAAAUUUCAGAAAUUCGAAUUUAAAAUUACUUAGCCUCAGAUAAAGUAUUAAUAAUUAGAGUUCGUGUCUGGAAAAAACGUAAAACAAAUUAAUCAAAAUUUUGCCGUAAAUCUUAAGCAAAAAGUCGGCAAAAAAUUAAGAAAAAAUCAUAAAAAAAUUAAAAAAUUGACAAAAUUCUCUGCAUGACUAUUUAAAGAAUCCAAUCUAUCCACUAUCCUCUCGAUCUCUUCCUUCAUUCUUAUUUAUUUCCUUUUUCCUAUUUCUUCUUUACUCUAUCAAUUCUAUCCCUGCAAUG